AUGUCGGACACUUUGGACAACGGGCUUCCGAGUAUUAAAAGAUUUCUCACUGACCAUGACUCGCAUGGCAAGACGACGUUCCACGAAAACAUUACCGAAGUCAUGAAUUGGCAACAACUUGACAACGGGGCUCGGUUCUCCCUCGGAUACGCUACGAAUGAAAUACCAGUCACCCUGUCAGCGGACAAAGAUUUAGCCACUUAUCAAUCGUACCUCCAAAAUCCUCCUGGAAUUACCAUCCCAGGGGGCACAGUCCUGCGAGUUGUGGAUAUGAACCCCGGUGCAAUUUCACCAAUGCAUCGAACUAUCAGUCUUGAUUAUGGAGUCGUGCUAGAAGGCGAAGUUGAGCUUAUCCUAGAUUCCGGAGAGACGAGAUUGAUGAAGCGAGGCGACAUUUCGAUCCAGAGGGGAACAAACCAUGCGUGGAGGAACACAAGUACCACCAAUUGGGCUCGCAUGCUGUACGUGUUGCAGGAAUCACAGCCGUUGGAAUUCGAUGGUAAACAACUCGGUGAAGACUACGGAGGAGGAAUGGAUGAUAUUAAGGCGUCGUCGAAAUAA